GCCUUUUACGUGGAACUUAACAGGUUUCCUUGUCAGACUUCAAACUGACACAGAUGGACAAAUACAUUGACAGCCGGUUUGACCGAGUCGAACGGGCUCUUGCGAGCCUCAUCGACUCGAUCUCCAAGUACACGCCCUCCAGCACGCAGGCCAGCGAGCUUGCCGCGUCGGACAGGGAAUUGAGCAACGGCCUCACCCAGCUCCAAACCCACCAGAACAACUACGCACGCAUCCAGAAGCUGCGCCAAGAGACGGCCGACCUGGACGCCCAGAUCAAGAACACCAUCUCCGUGCUCUGGACCACCCGCAAGGAAAUCACUGCUACCCCAACGACCACCUACCCACCCUCGGGCCCAAAGUACCAGUUCACCUACGCCGAACUCCUCAACUACGCCCGCCGCAUAAGCCGCACGACCCUCCCGCCGCCAGGCGUGACAAACGGCGUCGACCUAACGGCGCCCCCACCGCCGACCGGACCGCCCAUCUCGCAGAACGGCGAUCCAGGCACCACAACGCCCGCAGGCGCAGACGGGACGACCGCCAGCGCCAGCGGGGCCGCGACGCCCGUAGCCACGACAGGAGGCGCGGACGCGCCGUCCUCCUCCUCCCAACCCACCGGGGCCAUCGACGCCUCCCAGACGUCAACAACAGCAACAGCACUACCGGAGCACAUGCUCCCGGCCGUCAACCUCCUCGAGGGCGCCGUGUUCCACCCGUGGCCGGCCGAGGAGCGCAUCCGCGGUGGCGCCCUGGCCGUGAACCAGCAGCUGCGCGAGGCCGGCGUCGACCCGCGCGGCCACGACCCGGAGGAGGAGGAGGAGGCGCGCCGCCGCCGCGCCGAGGCCGAGGAGGCCGAGCGCCGCCGCCUCCUGGAGCACGAGCGCGAGCGCCGCGCCGCCGAGGAGCGCGACCGUGCCGCGGCGCGGGAGAGGGCCAGGGCCAGGGAGCGCGAGGAGGCCGGCGGCGCUGGCGGCGAGGGUGAUGCCUGGCGGAGGGGUAGCGUGGCUGCUCCUGCUGCCGGGGAGGCGGGUGCUGGGGGUGCUGGUGCUGGGUCGGGCGAGAAGAAGCAGUUUCAGUUCAUGGGGGAUCUGGAUGAUGAUGAUGAUGAUGACUAGGCAUUUUAGGCGUCAUAGGCUGUCUGAUGGCAUGGUGAAGGUAGGAGGUAGUCAUCUUGGUGUGCAUCGUGUGCCCUGUAUAGCGUUGUAUGGAACACGAUUCAUCACUCCGCCUCUUAGAGGGUAAACCAAGUAUAUCUGAGAAAAGAAUAUAUAUCACAUACUGAGAGCUAGGUCCCAGGGACUUCCGUUAAUG